UUCAGAUUAGUAAUAUAAUUUUCUCUUUAAUACUAAAAUCAUAGUACUCAGAAAUUUUGAACCACCUGCUUAAAAGAUGAGUCUAUACUUCGUCACUUAUCAUGCAGAUGGCGCUCACAACUCCCUCUAUUUACUUUCAUUUUGUGAUUCUUUCUUGAGCGAUUUCUUUUCGGAUCGUUUGUUCUUAACAAAAAUAUAAUUGCUCAAGUUUUUAAGUAAUAGUUAUUGCGUUACUUUGAUAUUUCAUCGCCAUGAGUAAACGUAUACGGUCAGUAAAUUGUUGUAAUCCAUUCAAUGAGUCACAUAAAAAAGGAGUUAAAGAUUUAAGAAAAUUUCUCGACGAAGAUCGUUGGAAAUUUUCUGACUUAGAUGACACUUCAAUGUUAUGUGUGCGUUGUCGAUUCCGUGUCAAAGAAUAUAUUCCGCCGGCAUCAGAGGAAGAGGAAAUUAUUUCAAGUCAAAUUAGUGUUGAAAGUCUGAGUAUAUCAGCUGAAAUUUGUACUCAAGGAAGCAGUUUAUCUCGAACUGUCAGUAAUUUUAGCGACAAUCUAUGUGAUUACAAUGAUCAUUCUUUAGAGCGAUUUUUGAAAAUUCCUCUUAUUGAAAAAGACAGGUUAUAUUCUGAAAAAAAUUAUGGAGUAAAAAAACUUGAUGAGAGCUAUGCUGCCCUAGAGAAUAAGUUCCAAUCACAAUUUGGAAUAGUACCUGAAUCUACCUACAGAAAGAUUAAUCAAGAUCAUUGUUCCAUGAUAGCUAAAGUGAAGAAAUUAUAUAACGCUGAAAGUGACAAAUCAAUAAAAAAGAAGCUGCUUUCAAUUUUACCCGACAGUUGGGAAGUCAGUCGUAUAGCAUCUGAAUUUAACUGUUCUCGAAAAAUGAUACUGAAUCUUAAAAAUGAUAUCAGUGAAUCUGAGAAUGUUGAUUUAGACUCUGGUGAAAUGACUACUAAUACUUUGAAUCCCACAAAAGUUCCAGGCAAUCAGCCGCUUAAGUUAGAUGUAAAAAAACUUGUCAUUGAUUUUUAUGAAAGCGAAGAAAACUCAAAACAAUUAGCGGGCAUGAAAGAUUUUAAAUCUGUGAAGGAUUGUGAUGGAAAUCGAACUAGGGUACAAAAAAAGUUGAUUCUUUGUAAUUUAAAAGAAUUGUACCAAAGCUUCAAAGCGCAAUAUAAUUCAGUGGCAAUCGGAUUUUCUAAAUUCGCUAGUUUGAGGCCUACUUAUUGUAUUCUUGCUGGAAGUAGUGGUACACAUGUCGUAUGUGUUUGUACUAUUCAUCAAAAUGUAAAAUUGAUAUUAGAAAGUACUUGUGUAUUUGACAUUCUCUAUAAUUGUACUAAAACUAGUUAUUAAUCUUAUUACAUUUAUUCCAAUUAGGAUGUAAUUUUACAAAAUUUGCAAAACACACCGAUUGGGUUGUAGAAUCUUAGCCAAUUUACAAAAAUUUAUUAAAUAAAUUAGUUUGUAACAAUCUAAAAGAAUCGUGCUUUUCCAGAAUGUGCAAUAGUUGUUCAAAUAAUGAAGAAAUCGCUGAUUAUUUUCGUAUGUCGUUUAAUGAAUCUGAUGUUAAUGAAAUCCAAUAUAAAAUGUGGACAUAAACAGACCGUUGUUCUAUUGUGAAUGUUACUUCAGAUUCCUUUUCAUUCAAAAUCUGAGACCCAUAUAUAAUAAAUAUUUUGUUAAGUGAAUUUGUUUCACUUGCAAUGUCAU